AUGAUUAGUAAUAAUAAGAGGGACCUACUUCUCUUCUUACAGCUUUUGCACACAAAUGGUCUCACUGACCCGAAAUCUGUAGUAACAUCAGAACCAAAACUUAAGCAAAUCGGAAUUGAAUGGUUUAAUCAUAAGAGUACAAAAUUGUCUAUUGAGCAGGGUGAAUUACAAUGUAGUAGUGCCCCAUCUCCAACAAAAUUAUGUGAAACAUACAAGGGACUUUUAAAGGUAAAUACUGAAUGCAAAGAUACCACAGAUUUAGCAAAUAAGUUAUAUUACGAACGUAUUGCAGAAGUAGAAGAGGCAAUUCUUCAGAAUAAAAUUGAAUUUAAAAAUGAGUUGGCAAAAAAUAAAGUAUAG